CAGAUCUCCUUCACCGCCACCGGCCACGUCCAAGCCGUCUUCUUCCGCUCUUUCACGCGGGAAAAAGCGCAAAAUUUGUUUCUCACGGGUUUCGUGAAAAAUCUCCCCGAUGGACGAACGGUGGUAGGGGAAGCGCAAGGGAGUCCAGAGAAUUUGGACAAGUUGGUGCAGCACCUACGACUAGGGCCGAGGGGGGCGAGGGUUGAUGAACUAAAAUAUGAGGAGGUUGUGGCGAAGGAUGGGGAGGAGGGGGGGUUUGAGGUGUGA